AUGGAUUGUGACGAAGUUGCCUUACUAGCUCAAUGGAGAAAUUGUUGCCAUAAACCAAUUGUUUAUGAAGAAUUUGAAAAUAUUGAUGCUUCGAAUCACUUGAAAUUAGCACUGGGUCUGGUUUCCUAUGUGAUAGAUUCCAUAUUUCAUAUUCGACAAGGAGAAAUUUCAACAGCGUGUGAUGAUACUAUGCAUCAGUCUGAGCUUAAGCCCUAG